AUGCCGAGCCUUGGUGAUGGAAAAUUAGAAAAAACUAAAUACACUACCGCUAAUUACAAACAAUUGGAACAACAAGCAAAGGAUAAGAAAAUAUCUCCAAGUGGAGGAACUGAAAAACAAAAAUAUACAACGGCCAAUUACAAACAACUCGAAGCAACGGCUAAACAAGAGAAAAAAAUGGCAGAAGCAGAAGAAAAACAAAAGAAAUCACCGAGUGGGGAAAAAUCUAAAACUGAAAAAUUAAAAUAUACAACGGCGAAUUACAAACAACUCGACGCCAUGGCAAAAGAGAAAAAAUUACAACACAGUUCGAUUGUCGAAACGAAUGAAAAAAUUAUUAAAAAUUUAGAAAAAACUGGUACUUCUUUAAUGAAAAGCAUUGAAAAAACAAGUAGCAUGUUAUUAAUGAGAAAAUCUAAAAGUUCUACGACUUUCGGAAGCACGGCCGAUAUAAAAGAAGACGAACAAAACUUACCAACACUCGUUUAA